AUGUCUCAUCUGUCCGCUCUGAGCUCGAAGUUUGAACACACCUUCACGGAUAUCUCAGCAUCGAUGGUGUCGCAAGCCUCAAAUGCGUUUCAAGCCUACGGGAACAUGACAUUCCAGACUCUUGACAUCAACUCCACCGCUCCUGCUGAGUUAUUCGGCCGGUUCGAUUUGAUCUUUGCCACCAACGCUGCCACGCCAGACCUGAGGAGAUCUUGUGAGAACAUUCAUCGGAUGCUAGAUCACGACGGUCUCAUGGUUCUCCUGGAGCUGACCUGCGGUGAUUUGUACCUCGACUCGGUUUUUGGUCACUUAGAGGGUUGGUGGUGCAUGAAAGACGGCCGAAGAUAUCCACUUCAAAGUGAGGAGGAAUGGGCCAAGACUCUCGGAGACUGCGGCUUCCAUGAUGUACGAUUUGCGGUCGAACCGGUUCUUGAUAAUGCCCGGCUCGUUUUUGGACAUGCCAGGGCAUCGGGCAUACCGAUUCAGCUUGAAGAAUCAAGGCUGGCUUCCUCUUCACUGGUUCAAGGAUGCCAUGUCGGUUACGACCACUCCCUCUUUCUGUUCCCUGGUGGCCAUGGAUCUGCCGCCACAUGGAGCUCGCUACCAAGCUUGGGGUAUGGCAUGACAGUGUUCGGCUUGAACAGCCCAUUCUGGAAAGACGACGUGCCUUAUACUGUCUCCUUUUACGAGCUUGCGAGACGAUGCAUCUCGGAGAUCAAACGAGUGAAGCCUCAUGGCCCAUAUAUCCUGGGUGGAUACUCUUUCGGAGGCGUGGUUGCUUACGAAGCUGCCCGCCAGAUGAUCGAAGCCAGUGAUCAAGUGGACCAUCUCAUUCUCAUAGACUCGGCUUGUCCACUCAUCUAUCCCCGCUUCUCACCGGCCUUGUUAGAGUUCUUUGACUCGGUGGACAUCAACCACGACACAGUGGACAAGCGUGGGGACCAGCGUCCUGCAGAGCCCGCGGCCAGCAAGAUGCAGCAUCCACACAUCCUCGGUAAUGGAAAUGCUCUCGCGGGUUACAAGCCCAUCCCGAUGCCUUCGAACAGGACGCCUCAGACAACGUUGUUUGCAGCACGCGAUGGCAUCGAUGGUCGUAGGACACGUCCACUUCCAACGUCCACAGGACAGACACAAAAGUGA